GAUGGCCAGGCCCUGAUGCAUAAAUUUGAUUUCGGCAAUGGCCAAGUGAGCUACAUGCGCAAGUUUGUGAAGACCGAUGCGUAUGUGCGGGCCAUGACAGAAAAGCGAUGUGCCAUCACUGAAUUUGGAACGAUUGCAUACCCUGACCCUUGCAAAAACAUCUUCUCCAGGUUCUUCUCCUACUUCCAGGGAGUUGAGGUCACAGACAACUGCCUGGUGAAUGUGUAUCCCAUUGGGGAGGACUUUUAUGCUGUGACAGAGACCAACUUCAUCACUAAAGUUAACCCAGAAAACCUGGACACACUGAAGAAGGUUGAUUUGAUGAAAAUUGUGAAUGUCAACGGGGUGACUGCACAUCCCCACAUUGAGAGGGAUGGAACAGUAUACAACAUUGGAAACUGCAUGGGGAAAGGAGCAACAUUGGCUUACAACAUUGUCAAGAUUCCCCCAGCACAGAAAGAUAAGUCUGACCCAAUUGAUAAGUGCUCAGUUGUGGUGCAGUUCCCUAGUGCUGAGCGAUUCAAGCCAUCAUAUGUGCACAGUUUUGGGAUGAGUGAAAACUACUUUGUGUUUGUGGAGACACCCAUCAAAAUUAACCUGCUGAAGUUCCUGGGGGCCUGGAGUAUCCGUGGUACACAGUACAUGGACUGCUUUGAGUCUGAUGACAUGAAAGGAACCUGGAUCCACAUUGCUAAGAAAAGUCCUGGAGAAUACAUUGACAUCAAGUACAGGGCCUCUUCCAUGGGCAUGUUCCAUCACAUCAACGCCUUUGAGGACGAUGGCCACAUUGUUUUUGAUCUGUGCUCUUGGAAGGGGCCUCAGUUUGUGUACGACUUCUUGUGGCUGGCAAAUCUGCGCGAUAACUGGGACGAGGUGAAGAAGAAUGCCAUACGAGCCCCCCACCCAGAGGUGAAGAGGUUCGUCAUCCCAUUGGACGUGACAAGGGAGCACCAGGGCGUGAACUUGGUGACUCUGCCCUACACCACUGCCACUGCAGUGAUGAAGCAGGAUGGCACAGUGUGGCUGGAGCCUGAGGUGAUUUUCUCCGCUCCUUUCAUGGCUAUUGAGUUCCCUCAAAUAAACUACAGAAUGUGCAAUGGGAGAGACUACACAUUUGCAUAUGCACUGGGCCUGAACCACUUUGUUCCAGACAGGAUUGUCAAGUUGAAUGUGAAGACAAAAGAGAGCUGGGUGUGGCAGGAGCCAGACUCCUACCCCUCUGAGCCCAUAUUUGUGCAGACCCCUGACAGCACAGAUGAGGAUGACGGUGUGCUCCUGUCAGUCGUGGUGGCCCCCGCAAGUGUGAGAGCCACAUACAUGGUCAUACUGAACGCCAAGGACCUCUCUGAGAUAGCCAGAGCUGAGGUCGACAUCAUCACCCCAGUCACCUUCCACGGAAUGUACAAGCCUUAA